AAACCCAAGCAGAUUUGCAUAGUUGUGGAUAAUCUCUCCUUCUAUCUGUUUCCCUCGGUUUCUCUUGUGCUUUCUGCAGCAGCAAAAUGUCUACUUCCCUAACCUCUCCUGCUCCUUGCACCUUUUUCUCACUCACCAACUCCUGCAGGACGAGUCUUGUAUUUUUAAAUACCCAUAAUAUUGACCGACUACAGAAAGGCAUAUUGUCUGUCACCUUUUAUCACCGUCCGUCUCAAAGUUGUAAUUUUAAGCUUUGCUUUCCUACUGGUGGGCUGUUUUCCCCUUUUAGUAAAAGGGGUUGUGUUGUGUCAGCUGCCUCACCCAAAUUUUACAAAGGAUAUCAACUUAAUUCAAGUCUUGGUUCUCAGAGUUACACGGAUUUAAAGGACAACGUGCCUAGCAGUCUGAAUAUUCUCGAGGAGCAGCUGAGGGAUUUAUUUAAUGAAGUCCAUGCCAUGAUAAGAAUAGGGAAGGAAAAUGAGGCCAGAGAUCUGCUUCUAGCGAAUUAUGAAGCGGUCAAAGAACAGAUAGAUGCAGGUAACAAGGGUAUAGAAGAAGCUGCUAUUCUUGAUGUAACAGCCUUGGGAUACAUGGCCCUUGGGGACACAAGUUCUGUCAAACCCCUGUUGGAUGUGUUGGGCGAGAUUGUUGAUGACUUGAAAGAUGAGGAGCCUCUUCUGGACUCGAUACUCACACAUAUGGGUAAUAUGCAUGAAAAGUUGGAAACUUUUGAGAUGUCCAUUUGUCUCUAUGGAAGAGCUGUCAAAGUUAUUGAGAGACUCUAUGGAAAUACCAGUUCUUUUAUCGUCACUCCAUUGUUAGGGAUGGCAAAAGUCCUGGGUUCUAAUCGAAAGACCACAAAAGCAAUAGAGGCAUACCAUCGUGUGGUUAAAAUACUCGAAUCUAGCAGGGGUGAAGAAAGUGAAGAAUUGGUAGUUCCUUUAUUUGCGAUGGGCAAUCUUCUUCUGAAGGAAGGGAGAGUGGCUGAUGCAGAAAAUGCCUUUAAUAGAAUUUUGACCACAUACAUGAAGUUAUAUGGAGAAAAUGAUGGCAGAGUUGGACUGUCUAUGAGUUAUCUUGCACGUGCAAAAUGUGCAAAAGGAGACGUGAAUGAAGCCAUUGAUCUGUAUAAAGAGGCUCUUCGUAGGCUGAAAGAUUCUGAUUAUAUAGCCAUAGAUGAUCAAAUAAUGGAGAAGAUGAGAGUAGACUUGGCUGAAUUGCUUCAUGUGGUUGGAAGAGGUGAAGAAGGCCGCCUGCUACUGGAGGAAUGCUUGUUGAUAACUGAGAGGUUCAAGGGAGAAGGGCAUCCCGGUUCAGUCUCCCAUUUAGUGAAUCUGGCCACUUCUUAUUCACAGUCCAAAAGAUUUGCAGAAGCUGAGCGCAUGCUAAGGAUGAGCUUGCAGAUUAUGUUGAAGAAUGUUUCACCUGAUGAUCAAUCCGUUACUUUCCCAAUGCUGCAUCUUGCAGUUAUUCUCUACAAUCUAAACCGUAACGAGGAAGCCGAAAAAUAUGCAUUAGAGGUUCUGCGAAUCCGUGAGAAGGCAUUUGGGAAAGAUUCUCUACCAGUUGGGGAGGCUCUUGACUGUUUGGUCUCCAUUCAGACCCAGCUGGGAAAGGAUGAUGGUGAAUUGCUAGAGUUGCUCAAGAGAGUACUGAAAAUUCAAGAGAAAGCUUUUGGUGCCGACAGCGAGGAAGUCAUGGAAACACUUAAAAAGAUUGUAUAUUACUUGGAGAAGAUGGGGAGGAGACUAGACAAACUCCCUCUGCAAAGAAGAUUAUCAAAGCUCAGAAGUAAAUAUAAGCAAAAGGUUCAAUAUUAAGGAUCGUGCAAAGCCACAUGUCGGAUGUGUACCUGCUUUCAUGCCAUUAAUGGUGUCAAAUCGCUAGCUGUUCUGCAGCAAGAAACUUUUCUUUCUAUUGGAAGUUCGAGUGUAUCAGUAGGAAAAGAGAUUACUGGAGAAUAGCACAAGAUCGGUUUUUCUUGUUGCCAUGGUGAACAAGGUAGGCAGUCAAAAAUAACAAAGACAAAAUGACAGGCAGAUGAAAGAAAUUCUCCUUAGCUAUUUCUGUCCAAGAGUGCAAGUGCAGUUUCAGAGAACAUGACGAAGCAGUUUGAUAUGAAAGUUUAGGGGACAGUGUUGUCGACAAAUGAAUACUACCAAAAGCAAUGUGCAAUGGGAUUGAACACUGGAAUAUGAUAGCAUGCUUACCUGGAAGGUUAGUCCUUGUUCAUAUGCAAGUGGUAUCAGGUUUCAGCCUGGUGCUAAUUCACUUGGUUUAGAUGAUAAACAUUACUGCAUUUUCAUGUAGCCUGGUCGUCUGUUGAUGAAAAAUGUUACUGCCGACUCCCUAAGUCCCUUUACACGAGACAUCCCCAUUGAGUAACUUACUGGAAGUACAAUUGGUGGUAUGUGGAAAAGAUAGACACAGUCCAGCUGCAGGUCUGUAACAUAUCUGGGUAAUCUGAAGGUUAAAGAAGCACAGCUCUUUUCAACGUGGAACGGGAGUACAUGAAAUGGUGCUUGCAUAGAGAAGCUUCAUAGACAUACUCCAGCUGCAAGUCUGCAGCAUAACUGGCUUAUCUGAAGGUUGAAGAAGCAUAUACGUAUAUAGUAUACGAUCUUUCUCUUCAAUGUGAAUGUUGUAAGAGUAGCCAAAUGACAUAAUUUUACCUACAUUUUAGGCAAUGAUUUCAGGUGACAAAGACAGCAAUAUUACGCUACUCAGUAUCCAGAUUCUUGAAAUAAUUACAAUGCCCGUUUUUUGAGUUA